UCGUUUUCCCAGGCUUGUCUACGUUGAAGACUCUUCUUAGUUAUACUCAGUCAGACUAUAUGGUUUCUCUACGCUACCCUUCAUUUUACCCCUCAUGUUUAAAAUUUUCAAUUAGUAUAAAUACAUGUCCAUGCGUAGAACUAAGAUAUAAGAAAAUGAAGGGAAACUUGUGGUUGAUUGCUUCGUUUUUGGUUCUCUUAUUGGCAAUUUUCUCGUGUGAAGCUUCAACUCCACCAUACGGAAUCCGCAAGCUUUUGAAUAUAAAAACACCACCUAGUGGUUCAAAGCCCGCACCCCAAUUUCGCAAGCGUGAAAGAAGAACACUAGAAUUGCCGUCAAUGGGUCGUGGUGGUUAGAUGAACUGAUUUUUCAAUAUUAUUUUAUUUUAUAGUUCAUGAAAGACAUAAACAGGGUGCACAAUUAAAAUUUUUUGUAUUAUUAUAGUUUUACAUUUGUAAAUAAAAUUAGAUUCAUAUAUCCAUGGAAUUAUAACUUUUGAAAUAAUAUUACAUAUUUGCUUUGUGAUGAUAAUAUAUAUAAUUUGAAUUCAGGUUAA